CGUCAUCGAAGCCUUAAUGAUUCUGAAACAACAAAACUUUAAAGUAGCUUUACUAGUUUAAUUCAGUCUAAGCGUCACCUCCAGCCUCGGUAUGUAAAACCUUGUAUUCUGAAGUGAGAAGAAGUUCGGACAGCAAAGUUUGGACGUGUCCUGUUAACGUUGGGCUGCUUGGGAGUUGAACCAAACUCUUAACGAUGCAUAUGCUGGCGUCAAACGGAUCCAUCAUGGACCUGAACUCCGAGUGGGUGAAAGUUAAGGCUCACUACCGUGGGUUGAUGUUGAUCACUGACUUGGCUGCCACGGUAAACUUCGUGGAGCUGUGUGAGGAAGUGAGAACAAUGUGCAGCGUUGCUAAGCAACAGCCCAUCACACUCAAGUGGAUCGAUGAUGAAGGAGACCCUUGCACUAUUUCCUCUCAGAUGGAGCUGGAGGAAGCUCUUAGGAUUUACAGCAGAAGCAAGAGAUCUGUACUGCUGCUGCAUGUUUUCCCCAGCACUCCAGAGAAGCCAGGCAUGCCCUGCCCUGGAGAAGACAAAUCAGUCUACCGCCGCGGGGCCAGAAGAUGGAGGAAGCUCUACCGAGUGAACGGACACCUUUUCCAGGCCAAAAGCUUUAACAGGAAAGCCUACUGUGGCCACUGUAGCGAAAGGAUAUGGGGGCUGGGCGGGCAGGGCUACAAGUGUAUCAGCUGCAAACUGUUGGUCCAUAAGCGCUGUCACAGACUCCUCCCUCUGACCUGCCAAAGGCUUAUGGAUCCAGUCAUGCCAUCACAGGAACCCCCUGCAGACGCCAAGAGAGAGGAGGUGGACGUCCCACCGGACGACACGGAGGACACGGACGGGAUAUCCUUUCUGCCACACAACUGUGCAGUGGAUAAAAGGGGAGACGCGGAGACGGAGGACUCUGACCUCAAUCCCCUGCAGGACAUCAAGGCUGUAGUGGACGGCAUCGACGGCAUUAAGUUGUCCCAAGGCACCACUCUGGGUCUGGGCGACUUUGAGCUGAUCCGGGUGAUUGGGCGAGGUAGCUACGCCAAAGUGCUGCUGGUCCGGCUAAAGAAGAAUGAGCAGGUGUUUGCCAUGAAAGUGGUGAAGAAGGAGCUGGUCCAUGAUGAUGAGGAUAUCGACUGGGUGCAGACAGAGAAGCAUGUGUUUGAGCAGGCGUCUACAAAUCCAUUCUUAGUCGGCCUCCACUCCUGUUUCCAGACAGAAAGUCGGUUAUUUCUGGUGAUCGAAUAUGUGAAUGGUGGGGAUCUGAUGUUUCAUAUGCAACGGCAGCGGAAACUCCCAGAGGACCAUGCCAGAUUUUAUGCUGCUGAAAUCUGCAUCGCUCUGAACUUCCUUCAUGAGAAGGGGAUUAUUUACCGAGAUCUAAAACUUGACAACGUUCUGUUGGACCACGAAGGACACAUCAAGCUUACGGACUACGGCAUGUGCAAGGAGGGCAUCAGACCAGGGGACACCACCAGCACUUUCUGUGGGACCCCCAACUACAUUGCACCGGAGAUCCUGAGAGGAGAGGACUAUGGCUUCAGUGUAGACUGGUGGGCUCUGGGUGUGCUGAUGUUCGAGAUGAUGGCCGGAAGGUCUCCGUUUGAUAUUAUUACUGACAAUCCUGACAUGAACACAGAGGAGUACCUCUUCCAAGUUAUCCUCGAGAAGCCCAUUCGCAUCCCGAGGUCUCUGUCAGUGAAAGCUGCCAGCGUGCUGAAGGGCUUUCUAAACAAGGAUCCCAAGGAGCGCCUGGGUUGCCAGGUCCAAACAGGCUUCACAGAUAUCAAGUCACACACGUUUUUCCGCAAUAUAGACUGGGACCAGCUGGAAAAGAAGGAGAUGACGGCGCCCUUCAAACCUCAAAUCUCUGAUGAGUACGGCCUGGAAAAUUUUGACACGCAGUUUACCAACGAACCAGUGCAGCUAACACCAGACGACGAGGACGUCAUCAAGAGAAUAGACCAGUCAGAGUUUGAGGGAUUUGAAUACAUCAACCCCCUGCUGCUAUCCACAGAGGAGUCUGUAUGAAGGAGAGAGCAGCUUCCUCUGUCGCCCACCUUCUGUCUGUCCAAGCUGCCGUCUUAGCCAAAAAUAAAACCAACACAAGCCAACAGUGGAAGGCGAGGAGGAGGACGAUGAACUCGCUGCACCGGUCAUGAAGGCGACGCGGGCGGGAUGUGGGGGGGGACAGGAGAGUUUCCUUCCUGGACUUUUGGAUUGUUUUGUGGAGUGGCAGACUCUGCUGUCUGUGUAGUUUGUAAGUGGAAAACAAACCGUGGACUCCGGGAACAUUCCCUUCCCUUCUGUUCUCCUCUCCUUUUCUUUUUUCAGCUUAUUUCCAUCCUUGAGUCAAAGCAUGACCGUCUUUGUAAUUUCAGAGCAGAAGUGUGUCAUUCUGUGCCUGCCAUCGUGAAGACAUUUCAACCCGUCCCAGGAUGAAGACCAGAGUUCUGUCCGAGAGCUUCAGAUGACUUUAGGUGCACCCGGUCCUCAUUUCUGUUUUUCUGUCUCGUAGACGAGGCCACGCCUCGGACCAAGCAAGAAUGUACAAUGACGACGUAAAGAAUUAGGUUGUUGCGUGUUACGACGUAGGUAACGAAUCCAAAAUUGACGAUGCCUUUUGUUGAUGCGACUGGCACAUUCUCAUUCUCAACCGCAAAAUGUUCUCUCUCUUUUUUAAUCUUCUCUGAUUGUCUCUAACUAAACGUGGGACUCUGUCUGAGAGAGUAGUUUUUAUUUAAAAAGUGCCUCAAAGAUCAAAUGAGUUCUGUCUCUGAUUGCUCCUCCUGGACCUUCUCCGCCCACCGGCUCCAGCUGAUCAGUCCAAUCCUCCUGUUUUCAGUGUUAAAACAUCUCAGCGAUGAUUGUCCGCACUCGUCUAACUUCCACAGUGAGACGCCAUGCGUCUCCGUCUCCAAACCAAGGUUGGCUUUGCUGGAUGUAGUUUUAGCUCAGAGCCUCAUAUAGCUGGGCUUUGGAUCUGCAGUGGACCAUAGAAAGCCAGCAGAAGGUUUCUAGAGAUUAACUUCUGACGGUUUAACCUUGUUGCGUUAGCCGGUGGCUGUUUGGUAUCAGCCAGACACAGUUUGAAUUCACAGGUCUCGUUCACCAAACUGGGUAGAAUUAAACGAACGAUGACCUAAGCUGUUACCAGAGGGUUCUGAUAGGAUGGAGCAGGAGAUGGAUGGGUGGAGCCUGCAGUGCUGCCGCCGCUGCUCCGAUCUGUUGUGGUGAAGAAAGGCUGAGCUAAAACCCAGUCCAUACCCAGCUCAAUGCUCUCCCCCGACUCUCACCGCUGCUAGGAGAGACGGAUUAUGACCAGAAUCACAAGAUGCCAGAUCUGAGCUUCCCCUUCAGGCUGUCUGGGUUCUGCCUUACAGACUGCAUCAGCGGUUCUGUCACCCGGAUGACUUAAACUGACCAGAACUGGUUGUGGAAGUAGAAAUGAAACGUCUGGAAAUGUGACAGGCUCACUGUGUUCAGUUCCAGGGUCUAUAUCCUCUGUCUGCAUCUGGACCUGAGCUGAUCCCUGAAGCUUAGAACCUGUUGAACCCUGGAUGAACGAAGUCAGCUUUCCUGAACAUUGAGACCGUAUUCAUAGAUCAGCGUCACUCUGCUCUUUGACCUAAACCUUUCACACUCUUCUCAAGAUCGGACCUCUAACUCCACCGGCUGUGUGCGGAGUCAGGAGGAAGUCGAUACGGAUAACUACGUGGCGUUCUGCUGGACACUAGAGAGAGGAGAGGAUUGGGAAGGUAAACCAAGGCCCAGCUUGGUUGGAUCAUCUGCAUGAGCUGUCUCUUCAACCUUUGAUUCCCGUGUGAUGUAAAUGCAUCAGUCUGUGCAACAGGCCUUUGGUUUCUUGUGAAGGUCCUUCUGUCUGAGUCCAAUGCUCAGAAGGUUUCUAGUUAAAGCAGGGAUCGCACCAUUGAUCUAGUUGGACAGCGGUGCUGCUGCUGGAAGAUGGUUGUCAGUUCUACACCGAGCCAUCCUCACUGUCCAGAGCCCAGCCUCCUCAUGCAGCUCAGCCACGGCGCACACUUCGCAGUUUAACGGUAAUCUGGGUUCUAGCUGAUCUACGUACUGCCACUCUCACAGCUGACAUUUCUGGAAACAGGAGCUUUGAGCUGGGAUCACAACAUUGACAAUAUGUCACAUUUUCAGGUUCAGAUGUUUUGUUUUCCUCGUGUUGCAAAUAUUUCCUUUGAACAUAAAAAGCACAGACUGCUUUUCUGAGACGGAUAAUGAAUGAUUCUUCUGUUGAAGAAAAACUGGAGCGGCUAAUGCAUCUAGUCCAUUUUUAUACAUGAUCUACUGAGUUGGGCAUUUGAGCUUUUUUUUUUUUAAUACAUUAAAGUCUGGAAACACCCAGGUUCUUCCAUUGUCUUUCACCAGACUUUUCCUGGAGCAGAACUGUUGUGUUCAGGAACCCCGUAAUGAUCUGUGAAUAUCAGCUCUGAGGAUGGAGGUCGAUCUCCUCGGGGGGGUAGAGGAGCUCUCUGUGGGCUGGGAAUUACAAGAUGAACUGUGACCUGUGCUAAUUUGAUAACGACAUAAUAGGAUUAAUUAGCUCACCUUGACUCCGAAUCUUAAUCUGCAGGGUGGGAUCGGAUAGAUAACGAAGUGCUUCGGUUUCCACCAACAUGCUGGUGGAGAUCAGAGGAAGCCUCCCCGAUAAACUCCACCCGUGCCGCUGCAUGUUCUAAACGAUUUUGUUGAGCUUUUUGUACAUCAGAUAACAUGUUUUCUGAGGGACCAAUGGAUGAACUGGAAGUCCUUGAAUCCAAACGUCAGAACACUUUAAAGAAUGACUGAAAAAUGAAUGAAAUAAGACCACGAUUUUUAUUAAAUAUAAUGCUGGGUCAAUCUGCUUACCGUUGCUUCACCACAUCCUUGUAAAUAUGUGUAAUUAUUAAAAUGAUACUGGUUUUCCGUGA